AUGGGAUAGCUAAAUAAAGUAUUAAAAAAAGGAAUGGUAAAGGUUGAUCAAAAUUGGAAAAAAAUAAAGUCAAAUUAGGGGAUGUUAUUAGGAGGAUCAAAUUUCUUAAAUAAAAUUUAUUUAGAUGAAUCAAACAAAUUAUUAACAAUGGCCUAAAAUAUCCUCUUUAAGAAUUAAGAAUUCUUGAUUUUGUGACUGGAAUAAAGAGUUAACAUAUUUAUAUAACUCAAAAUAGAAAUUUAAAAGGAGUUAUUUAUAAAUUGGUUGAAAUAAGAAUUUAAUUGAAAAUAAUCAUAUUAAUAGUUAAAAAGCAAAAAAAGAGCUUGGAAAUCAAAUACAUUAGUAUUAUUGCACUGGUUACAUUAAUUAUUGAGUAUUAAAAUAAAUAUGAUUAUUUUUGGAUUGAAUGA